UGUGAUGCGAAUUCAUUAUUGAUUUAUUUUACUGCAUUUUCAAUCACCUUGGUCCGAUUUUUUUUCAAGAUGUAACAAUAGCUCUGAUUUUAUAUUUUUGUUCUCAAAUGUUGAUGUGUUCCAAAUUUCAAUAGGCUACCUAUCUACCAAUUUGUUUGAUCUGAAAUAAAGCCAGGCACAUCAACCAAAAAAGGAAAUGAAACCAAUUAACAACGACGGAAGAGAUCCACUGGCCCGGCUGCUGGCCUGUUGGCUCCUGUCCAGGAGGAUGAGGUGUGUUCUCCUACUGCUGCUGACCUGGCCGUGGCCGCCGCCGGGCAGCUGGUGCUCCACCCACUGGGUGAUGACAGAGGAUGGACGCAUCCAGGCACAGAUGGACUCCAUGUUCUUCAUGAAGCGUCCAUACGACUUCAUCGCGAUGGCGCAGCAGGAGCGGCGAGCGAGUAUGGUGGAGGCGCUGCGGAAGGAGCUGCUGUCACACAAGGUGGAGAUUGACCAGAACGACGACCGGGACCAGGAUGUGGAGAAGAAGCUGUACACGGAGGACCCGCACUGUCUGGUGGCCGGCCAGCCGCUUACCGAGUUCGACCUGUACCCCAGCGUGGCCGUCAACCUGCGCAAAUACGGCAUCAGAGUGGAGGACUACAUUGACUCGGGCCAGGUGACCGGUGAUCUGGUGGCCCCCGACUGCGUGGCCCAUAUGAAGCUCGACUACAGCAUGCUCACCUUCCAGCACCUCGUGGCGAUGAAGGAGCGCCACCUGCUCUCGAUGGGCCCCGAGCUGGAGCUGGCCGAGCUGGUCGGCCGGCAGAACGUGCACGAGUUCGGCCACCGGGUGGAGAUGGCGCUGCGCCGGCAGCCGUCCGUCUGGGUGCUCUACCAGCUGGCCGGCCUCUACUGGCGCAUACAGGGCGACGCGCCACGCGCCGUCGAGUGCAGCCGACGCGCCGUCCACCUCUCCACCAGGGUGGAGCGUUUCGUUCCCCUGGUGGACCUCGGUGUGGUAUUACACCGGUGCCGACACAGCGAGAGCGGCGCCGUGGUGCUGCACGCUGCCGUCGACCACCACGACCAGAGUCCCGAGGCGCACUACGCGCUGGGUAACGCGUACGCCGUGCUGGGGGACUACAACCGCUCGGCGACCUGCUUCAACAACACGGUCAAGCUGGACCCGAAACACGAGGGCGCCCUGAAGAGGAGGCACGCCGUGCUCUGCCACGACCGGCUCGAGACGGCGCUGGAGACCCAGCACAACUCGCUGCAGAAUACGCUGACGGAGCUGCGCAGCUACCAGCGGCAGCACACGCUCUGGCUGCAGCAGCAGGAGAAGCUGCUCAGAGAACAGGCAGAGCUCGAGACCAAGAUCGAGUCCCGACUCAACUACGAGGAGCAGAAAAUACGCGAGAGCGCUGACGGAAAGGGUCACACGUGUUUUCGCUACUACCAGAACGGCCAGAGCAUCCUCAGCUGCAACAUGGCCUCGGCACGGGGCGAGCCCGGCUCCGAGACCGUGUCCGAUCUUCAGACCAAACUCUCCGACCUGCAGAACAAGGCGGACCGUCUGGAGGAGCAGGUCUCGAAGCUGAGCCGCGGCUCGGACUCCUCCUCAGAAGAGGACGGUGAGGAGGAGGAGGAGGACGGUGACGGGGACGGGGAGGACGCCCUCGCGCGCCGGUACACGGCGCUCGACCCGCAGGCCACCGCCCACCUCCAGGAGCCCGACUGGCCCUCGCAGGAGGAGUGUGGUCAGAAGGUGACCAAGUUCCCCUCGGCCAACGAGUUCCCGUCCGUGUUCCUGGCGCCCGACAACAAGGGAUUCGACGUGGACCACUACCUAAACGAGGGUAUUGGCGUGCCGGUGACGGAGGACCACGCACUGCCCUGGUACCGGCCGGCCUGCCAGCCGGUGGCGGCGCGCGUGCUGCCCUACGACACACUGGAGACGGUGCGCGGCCGGGCGCGGCUCGGCAGCCGGCCGCCCGACCCGGUGGCGCUCGAGGCUCUGAUGGAGUACGCGCGCGGCCGGCAGACUGUGGAGGCCGAGCUGGGUCAGAGGAUCAACGCCGCACUGCGACAGGCGACGGCGCCGUCGUGGGUUCUGGAGACGCUGGCGUCGCUCUACUGGCGCGCCCAGGGCAGUCCGGCGCACGCCAUCGAGUGUCUGCGCUCGGCGCUGCACGCGGUGCCGGCCGGGCUCAGUGACGUGCCUCUGACCAGCCUGGCGGCCCUCCUGUACCGGCUCGAUGAUGUGGAUGGAGCGCUGAAGGUGGCACGGCAGGCGCACAACGUCGACACUAUAGAGCCGGACACGAAUUUCCUGCUGGGUAACCUGCUGGCGGCCAAGGGUAACUUCACGGGUGCCGUGUGGCACUACCUGCGGACGCUGCAGGCCGAGCCCGACCAUCGGCCGGCGCUCCAGUACCUGCGCGUGGUCUCCUGUUAUACGCGCUACCACGGCCACCAGCGGGCCGGCGAGCAGCAGUGCCAGACGCCGGCGCAGACUCCGGCCGAGCGGGACCCGAUCAUGGAGAAGCUCUCCAAGAUGCCGGCCGACUCGGUGGUCUGUACGUCCGAGUGUGCCGACGGCCUGGCCUCGGAGUCGUGCGACUCCAAGAUCAGCUGCUACAACGCGCGCAGCGAGAACGGCCGCUGGAUCCUGACGCCGGCGCUGGCGGAUCAGCUGGACUGCGCCGGCGGCGACGGGGCAGAGCUGAGCGCAGGCCAUUUCAUUCAGCCGCCACCGUCGGAGCUGUCGCCGCUGCCGGCCGACGACCAGAUGCGCUGUGACCGCCUGCUGACUCCUCCGGACGGCCCGCCACCUCCUGACUCACCGCUCGACUCCUCCGACUCCGAGUACGAGCUGGAGGAGCAGCUGGACGUGCUGACCGAGCCGGUGCCCGAGCGGGACGAGCGCGGCAUCGUCGACGACCCGCUGCCAGACGUGCUGCUGCGGGUGCGCGAGCGGGCGGCCGCGCCGCCGCCGAGCCGCGAGCAGUGCGCCGACAUCAAACAGAUCAACUGGGGACAGUACACCUCCACCUGGCUCUCCGUGUCGGCCAAAAACGUCGUCGUGGAGCUGGUGCCGGCGCCGGUGGGCGUCUACCAGCCGCGGCAGCCCGUCUGUCCGGACCAGUUUCCCGCCUCCAUGGCCACGCUGGACAACCUGUCCGGGGUGCGCCACCGGCGACAGCUGCUCAUCAGCCCCGAGACGGGCCUGCGCGAGGCGCUGCAGACGCUCACUGCCGACCAGCCGCGCACCGUCGAGGAGACCGCCACGCGCAUCGCCAUGAGCAUGGACAAGAACUCCAGCUCGUGGGUGUUGACCACGGCGGCGGCUCUCUACUGGCGGGUGCGCGGCGACGGACCGCGGGCGGCCAGCUGUCUGAGGAUCGCGCUCCACCACGCGCCCCGGCAUCUGAAGGACAUCCCGCUGAUCUCCCUGGCCAACAUCCUGCACAGGGCCGGGCUCUACAACGACGCUCUGAUCGUGUGUAACAUGGCGCUGGAGAUAUCGCCAAAGUUCGUCGUCAUCCACUUCACAAUGGCCAAUAUAUACGCGGCCAAGGGUGACCUGGAGAAGGCGGUCUCGUUCUACCAGUCGACCCUGGCGCUCCAGGCGUCCUUUGAGCCGGCCAAGGAGCGGCUGCGCGCCAUCCAGUGCAGUCUGCAGGCGUGGCAGGACGCCCGUCAGGAGCCGCACGAGCUGUAGAGCCGCCCGCCGGCCAGCCGUAGCACCAGCGUCGGCGGGAGACACCGAGACAGCGCCAGGAGCCCAGUGCAGGUGGAGCCGUCUCAGGCGGGGAUGGGUCACUAAUGGAAAUCGUCGGCAUUCUGGGAUAAGAUUAAAGAAGGUGCGGCUAACGGCACGGUGGUACGGUGGCGCACGUUUUACGUGUGACAUAUUCCGGCCGUUUUAUGGGUUAGUCUGUGAGUAAGUCCGGUCGCCGUCUCGGGGCGGUAUUGUGCCGCCCGGGACGGUCUGCCUUAUCCGGGCCGGUCCGAUGGGGGAAGGAGGGGACUCCGGGUCAGAGCAGAAGUCUGCGGGUCCGCGCAGUGAUUGGUUUUCUAGACGUGCUGUGCCAGACGUCCCGGGCCGGGGCCGGGCCGCGGCCGCCCCUCCACUGGUCGGCCGCGGCCGGCCGCCGACGUUGUGAUAUUGCACUCUGUGGUGCGUUCAUCCUAGAAGUGAUUUGCUAGCGUGUGAUUUAGCCGGUGAUGCCACGAGAUAUAUACCGGACAGCUCUCUUAUGAUCAACUGCAGUCUAGCCGGAUUAUUUAAAUCAGUAGAAUGUGACGUACAAAUCGGUUACUGCCAGUUAAUCAAGGUUUCGACGCAAUCGAACGUACUGCGAAGGGCAUCGCGGCUGGGAAAUCGCAUCCGAAUCGGGACUUCACAGAUGUGCAGAAAUGGGGCCUGCUUAAUCGCUUUUAAUUUCGAACAGGACACAUUCAAAGGGUCUUUUAAAGAGAUCUACUGGGAGAUAUUUUGAUUCAAGAGUGCCAGUACCUGUUCUCUUGCAUAUACUCGAGGCUGCGUGUCCUGAGGUGCCGCUGUGGCGUCCGUCCAGCGGCGGGGCCGGGCCGGGUCGGAUAUACCGGACGGACCGACCUGCCGCCCGGCCCACAGAGGGCGGCACUGCGGCCCGCGGGUCAUACUCAGCCUCUAUGCGGUGAUAUAAUACACGCUGAUGGUGAUACAAAA